UGUGUGUGUCCACACACAAUUAAGGCACCACAUGCAUACGAAAGUAGCGUACGUAUAUGUGUGUGCACGCACGCAUGGCAUUUGUGUGUGUGUGUGUGUGUGUGCAGGGCUCGGCUCGGCUCACAGGCUAUCAUUGACGCCCAGGCGGACAGUCUGAGCCGCACACGGGGGCGGCACACGAGGCGGGCCCUGCUGCAGGCCGCACACCGGAAAGCUGAAGGGGAUCGCCCGCUUGCCAUUCGCCUGCAGAAAGAACCAGUACUGCAAACCAGACACACACACCAGCACCAGGUAUGUAUUGUGUGUAUGGCAUGCUUGGGGUCUUUUCCGCUUGCGAGGACGAUGAAGCGCCACAGGCGGCUGUGCGGGACGCUAUCCGGCAGUCGUUGUCCCCUGCACACAGCAGCAAGACGACAAACACAGACAGAUUGGCCGCUGGUUAAGCUCUGUCUGUCUGUCUGUCUGUCUGUGUGUCAGCCGAUGCACGCACGUCGGAUGCGCAGCUUGGUCCAUUCCCCAUUGAGUACGGUCCAGUGCUGAAUGGGGAACACAGCCAUACCUCGACUUUCUCGGCACCCGUCAGUUUCUUGCCAUCUUCUGAUGCGAACUGGUAGAGCAAGGCAAUCGUCCACACCAGCAGAGGGGUGAUGAUGCAGAACGCGGACAACGCGCCGAUCGCGCAGUUCGUAGACGGUAUGCACUGCCCCACAAGCGGCCAAAACUGCACACGAAGAGGAGGCAUGACUGAAUGUCCUUGGGAUCGCUCCCGAGGAUCUCCUCGGCCACAUGCCCCUGCAGCAACGCACGCACACCACACCAACGGUGUUAUGUAGACACGUUUGGCGUUGGUGUUGGUGGGGGGAAGAGAACCUCUGAGCGCCGGUGCCCCCUGAUAACCGCCCUGCUGCUCCUGCUUGACAGCUGCGUGACAAGAGUGCCCGCUAGGUACCCCCACACCUGUACACAUACACACACAGAGCACGCACACACACACACGCAGGCGGUCCAGCUCCUCUCUGUGCUGCUUGGUGAUGGUGUCCAUCUGUGCCAUGGCGGCCUUGUCGGCCUCCUCCCGCACCUGCUGGCUCACUCGACGCACACGGUCGUCGGCACUGCACACACACAGGGAUGGGGGGACACAAGGGAUGGUGCGUGUCAGUGUGUGCUGCUGUGCUCACGUCUUUUGCGCCUUUUUGAUUGGCUUGUCUCUGUCUUUCAUGAGGUCCUCGAGUGUGCUCCGCUGCACAUUGGCCGCCUUCCUCUCCUUCUCAGCCAU